AUGGCUGAAGAUAAGAUAAAAGUAGCAACUAGUGAUGGUGACAUUCUUGAAGUUGAUCUUUACAUCGCGAAACAAUGGCAACCCGUGAAACUUAUAUAUGAAGUUUUGGACAGUACAAAUGUACCAGAAAAUCCUAUUGAUUUAGAUGCUAUUAGUACAGAAACUUUAAAAAAAAUUAUUGAAUGGUCAAAUCAUCAUAAACAAGACGAAGCUGAUUCCGCCGACAAUAGUGAAAAUGACCGAAACCAUGGCGAGAUUUCACCAUGGGAUAAAACUUUUUUCAACAUUAAACAGGAGAUGAUCUUUGAGAUUAUUGUGGCUGCUGAUCACUUAGGAAUGACAGAAUUACUUGACAUGGGAUGUAAAACAGUAGCAAACAUGAUUAAAGGCAAAACACCAGAAGAGGUUCGACAAACAUUCAAUAUUCCAAAUGAUUUGCCACCAUUACAAACAGCACAACCAAUUACAAGUAACGAAAAUCAGUGA